UGUGCAGGUGGUUUUCCGGCUGUAUCACUGCUGUCAGAUUCAGGUUCAGAUCAGUUAAAGGAGAAAAUGUCCAAAGUGGAGCUGACCCCGCUCAGGCCGUGGGAUGACUUCUUCCCCGGCGCUGACAGAUUCGCCAAACCAGACGUUAAAGACCUGGCCAAGUGGAAUAACAGAGUUAUCAGCAACUUGCUUUAUUAUCAGACUAAUUACUUGGCAUUGGCUGUCGUUGUUUUCCUGGUUGUCGGGUUCCUGAACCCUCUGGGGAUGUUCACAGCUAUGGCCGUGGUGUCGGCCGUCUUCCUGGGUUCAGUGUGGGCGGGGGAGAACCGAGCCGUCAUCAACAACUUUAAGAGGCAGAACCCCACAGCGUUUGUGAUGGUUGUCAUGGUCGCCAGCUACUUCGUAAUAUCUAUGCUGGGGAGCGUCAUGGUGUUCAUGACAGCAAUUACUUUACCUUUAGCUUUGAUAUUUGCACACUCUUCAUUUCGCCUCCGCAACAUGAAGAAUAAACUGGAGAACAAGAUAGAAGGUGCUGGAUUGAAGAAGUCACCAAUGGGCAUUUUGCUGGAAGCUCUGGGUCAGCAGGAGGAGAACUUUCAAAAGAUCCAGAGCUUCCUGGAGGGCAAACUGAAGGAGUGACUGGACUCGAGCCAAAGAUCUUGACUUUCUCGGAUGUGACGAAAUUCAGUAUCCCUGUCUAAACCUCUUUAAAAAAC